CUAGCGGCAGUGGCUUCAACUACCCUAAGGUUCCGAGGCCAAUUUUCUACCUUUCCCCGUAUACGCUGUAACCACCCACCUCCGAUGUGCUCCGUUAUCAAUUCGCAGUCUCUCUCAUUUCCGCACCUGCCACGGUAGGGAUCGGUCUGGGGCCCACGCUUAAGCUGAACAAGAGGUGGAGGCAAGGACAUUGCUUGGAAGCGGAGAAACGAGAACGCAGGACGAGAGAUCCGUUCAGGGUCCGGCGCAAGAUUUCAAAAACGAAGCGAGGACUCGACUGAGAUUCAUUGGAAGAAAUGCUGCUGUUAACGAGAGUCGUGCUGGUCGGUUUGCUCUGUUUGUCCUUGGUGUCGUCCGGGCUGGGUUGCGGUCCAGGAAGGGGCCACGGCAGGAGAAGACAUCCGAAGAAGCUGACGCCUCUUGCUUACAAGCAGUACAUUCCCAACGUUGCGGAGAAGACCCUAGGGGCCAGCGGCAGAUACGAGGGCAAGAUCACACGGAACUCUGAGCGAUUUAAAGAACUGACUCCCAAUUACAAUCCCGACAUUAUCUUUAAGGAUGAGGAGAACACCGGCGCGGACAGGCUCAUGACACAGAGAUGUAAGGACAAGCUCAACUCGUUGGCUAUCUCGGUGAUGAACCAGUGGCCUGGCGUCAAACUACGCGUCACCGAGGGAUGGGACGAGGACGGCCACCACUUCGAAGAAUCGCUGCAUUAUGAGGGCCGUGCCGUGGACAUAACAACCUCAGAUCGGGACAAGAGUAAAUAUGGCACCCUGUCUCGGCUAGCCGUGGAGGCUGGCUUCGAUUGGGUCUAUUACGAGUCCAAGGCCCACAUCCACUGCUCAGUGAAAGCAGAAAACUCAGUGGCUGCAAAAUCCGGAGGAUGCUUCCCGGGCUCGGCUUAUGUAACCCUGAAACACGGGGUAAGAAAAGAGGUGAGAGAUCUGAGACCUGGGGACCAAGUGUUGUCAGCAGACAGCGCUGGAAAUCUCGUCUACAGCCCUUUCAUCAUGUUCAUGGAUCAAGACUCGACGACACGUCGAGUGUUUUAUGUGAUUGAGUCAACAGCGCCCAAGCGCAAGAUCAUCCUCACCGCGGCCCAUCUCCUGUUUGUGGUCAGCAACUCCACGGAGGACCUCAGCACCAUGACGGCCACGUUCGCCAGCAAGGUCAAGCCCGGACAAAGGGUCAUCGUUGUCGAUGAUAAACACGCUCAACUGAAGCCUGUCAUUGUGGCUCGGAUUUACACGGAAGAACACGAAGGUUCCUUCGCGCCAGUGACAGCGCAAGGAACGAUAGUAGUCGACCAUGUACUGGCCUCCUGUUACGCAGUUAUCGAGAAUCACAACCUGGCGCAUUGGGCCUUAAUGCCACUAAGGUUGGGCUAUCAUCUAUCCACGUUGUUACUCCCCAAAGACCAUACCAACUCUAACGCCACCGGGCAAGAGGACGGAAUUCACUGGUACUCCAAGCUUCUAUAUCAAAUGGGAACGUGGCUCUUGGACAGUCACGCUCUCCAUCCUUUGGGGAUGUCAUUAUCGAGUUGAAAACGUCAAACGGAUAUAACAAAGAAAAAAUAAGACCAAUGUAGGAGAAAAAAAGACUAUGUAGAAUUUAAAACAGAAAGAGACAAGAAAGAGUCAAAGGCCCCUUACGGAGUUGGGAUAUUUAUUUCAUUGACUUUUACAUGUGUCAUUUUCAAAGAAUAAAUGGAGCCUUAAAAGUUUUCUUUGAAUAAUUUAUUCUCAUGUGAACUCUCGCUGGUGUCACACAAAUGGAUUCUUAUGCAGUGUGACCAGCCAAUUGUGCAGAAUCUAUUUUUGUAUAUCUCAAGUAAGACGCAGAGAAAAAGAACAUGUAAAAAAGAAAGAAAGAGACAAGACGUCUUGACAGGUUGUAAUGUUCUGUGCAUAUGUGCAACUGACUGUUAUAUUUUGGGGGACAACGCAAACUUCGCUGGGGUCCAUAAAUUAUAUUUUUAUACACAGAAUUGUAAAUUAGAUUUUGACAGAUCGUUACAGAAUCACGUUUCGUUAUUUGAAAUAGUGUAAGAUACGAGAAUAUAUUUUAAUUUAAAUAGUUGCAAAAGUCUUGGCAAUCUUGUGCUGUUUUUCUGUGUUCAUCAAGACUUCUGUUAUUUUGUAAGAUUUUGGUUCAGUUGUUAGAGUUGGGCAGAUCUUUCGUCUCGUAGGCUAUCUGCUGUAUACUCUCUUUCCCUCGGUCUCAUUGUGUCUUCUAUUUCAGAAAUGCACAUUCUGAUAUCUCAGUAACCAUAUAGCCUCGUAGUACAAAGCAAAAUGUUUCGUUGAAUAAAUUAAUAAGUAACUCAUGUAAAUUUACUAAAAUGUAUUUUUUCUUUUCAUAUUUUGUAAUAGGGAAAUAGUUUUAUAGAAAUAAAAUGCGACAAGAUGCACAGUUUGGAUAGCUUAUGAUAGCGUGACCGUAUCAGUUUACUUUCAUGAGGGCAAUGUGUCAAGCAAUGUCUAGAGUUUAUUAUUUAUAUGUUUACUAUAAAAAGAGAUAAAGAAAAUGUUCAAAGUU